GCAACCUACUGGUUGGAGACAUAUUUCUAACCGAGUUGGACCUCAUUGCUGUAAAACGACAGGGUCAAUGUGGUCCCAUGACCACGGAGACAAACAUAUUUUAUUUGUUGGUAUUAAAAUAUUAAUUCUGGAAGAAAGAAGUCAACAUUUGAGUCACCGCUCACUGUUUUUCCCAAGGUGUGGCACGUAAGGAUCUGAUUUCUCUGGGGUGGCCAGCUUGCUUAGCAGGCUGCGGUUCGCCAAAGUUGUUGUUUACUUGAUUUAGGCUGGAAUAUAUCAGAGAUGUGGGCCUUUUUCGCUCGGGAUCCAGUCAAAGACUUUAAUUAUGAAAUUUUACCUGAAACUCAAGAAACGUCCGGAAUAUGGACACUACAUCGGGGCAAACGAAAGACAGGUGGGGAGCCAGUAUCAGUGUUUGUGUACGAGGUGUCAACCGGGACAGAGGAACAGACCCAGCUAGCAAAGGCAGCGUUCAAACGCAUGAAGACCCUUCGACAUCCCAACAUCCUGGCCUACGUAGAUGGAUUGGAGACAGAGAAGAGCCUGUACUUGGUCACAGAGCAGGUCACCCCCCUGGCAGCCCACCUGAAGGCCCAGUCAGACCGGGGGGGCUCUGGGGAUCUGGAGAUGUCCUGGGGCCUUCAUCAGAUUGUGAAAGCCCUUAGUUUCCUGGUGAAUGACUGCCACCUCCUUCACAACAACCUGGGUAUCUGGUCUGUGUUUGUGGACCGAGCCGGAGAAUGGAAGCUUGGCGGUCUGGACCACAUGACCCCAGAGAACGAGGACGCCUCCACAUCACUACCCUCUGCUAAAGCUGUUCACUCUGACAUGGACAAAUACGACCCCCCUGAGUCACCAAACGGUGGAGAGAAAUGGGCUGGGGAUGUGUGGCGGCUGGGCUGUCUGAUCUGGGAAGUGUUCAAUGGUCCACUGCCCCGAACCUCCUCCUUACGCUCCCUCGGAAAGAUCCCAAAAGCAUUGGUGCCACACUACUGUGAGUUGGUAGGGGCCAACGCCAGGGCCCGGCCAAACCCAGCUCGCUUCCUCCAGAACUGCAGAGCUCCUGGAGGAUUCCUUAGCAACAGCUUUGUGGAGAGCAACCUUUUCCUUGAGGAGAUCCAGAUCAAAGACCCAGCAGAGAAGCAUCAGUUUUUUCAGGACCUGAGUGAGAACCUGGACUCAUUCCCAGAGGACUUCUGUAAGCACAAGGUGCUGCCACAGCUACUCACCGCCUUUGAGUUUGGCAAUGCUGGUGCUGUCGUCCUCACACCUCUGUUUAAGGUGGGUAAGUUCCUGUCUGCGGAGGAGUACCAGCAGAAGAUCAUUCCUGUCAUUGUAAAGAUGUUCUCCUCUACAGACCGGGCCAUGAGGAUACGACUGCUUCAACAGAUGGAGCAGUUUGUUCAGUAUCUAAACGAUGCAGCGGUGAACUCGCAGAUCUUCCCUCAUGUUGUUCACGGUUUCACAGACACAAACCCAGCCAUCAGAGAACAGACUGUCAAGUCCAUGCUGCUGCUGGCCCCCAAGCUGAAUGAGAGUAAUGUGAAUCAGGAGCUGAUGAGGCACUUUGCACGACUGCAGGCGAGAGACGAGCAGGGACCAAUCCGCUGCAACACCACCGUGUGCCUGGGGAAGAUCGCCCCCUACCUCAACGCUGGGACGCGGCAGCGAGUGUUGAUCUCUGCGUUCUCUCGGGCCACUAAGGACCCAUUUCCCGCUUCUCGGGCGGCCGGGGUUCUGGGCUUCGCAGCAACGCACAACUACUACAGUGUGACGGAGAGCGCAGCACGAGUACUGCCAACGGUCUGUACCCUCACUGUUGACCCUGACAAGAACGUUAGAGAUCAGGCGUUCAAAGCCAUCAAGAGUUUCCUGACAAAGCUGGAGACUGUUUCUGAAGAUCCAACCAAGCUGGCUGAAAUAGAAAAGGAUGUGAUGUCAUCAGCCCAGCCGGUGGGGGCAGCAGCCAGUUGGGCAGGCUGGGCAGUGACGGGGGUGUCCUCUCUGACUUCCAAGCUCAUCCGAACCGGCCCGGGGGCAGAGGUGGGCGGCCCGGCCAACAACACACCUGUUGCUGCUGGUACUGCCUCUCCUCGCACAGGGAACCCUGUGACAGAUGGGGUACCCGUGGGUUCUGAAGUUAAACCACCACCGGCCUCCAUGACUCUACCCUUUGCUUCUGGCCUUGCUAUCCAAUCAGACUCCCCUAAGGUGACAGAGAAGGACGAGGAGCCAAUUGGAGACCAUUGGGAUGACGAGGACUGGGGAAGUUUAGAGGACGCAGAGAAGGUACAGGCAGCUGACCCAGAUGACUGGAACUCCUCUGAUUGGUCAGCAAUGUCAUCAGUCAAAAGGAAGGCCAGUGUCAGAGGAGUGUCUCUAGCCUCCUCUGAGGCAGUAAAAAAGCAGAGCUCUGAUUGGAGCAGCUCGGGUUGGGAUGCCGACAACAGCUGGUCCAAUGAAAAGGAGGCUGACAUCCAGGGUCAGAGUUCACCGGGAGAGGAUGGGUGGGGCAAUGACUGGGAGGAGGAGGGUAGGACUGCGCCAGCCACUAAGAGUGCUGCUUUGCCGGAGGGGGUUCGGUUAGCCAGCGAGUAUGACUGGGACAUUAAGGGAGACACACAGACUGACUUCCUCGCCAAUGUGUCUCAGAGAGCAACGCCCACCCCCACUGCUAUGGUUGGUGAUGGCUGGAGUGCAGAGCCUGCUGGAGACUGGGGAGCCGAGGAGAGCUGGGAGUCUGUGGGCGGAAGUCCAGCAGGCCUAAGCAAGACAGAGCUGGCCAAGAAGAAGCGUGAGGAGAGGAGGAAAGAACUGGAGGCCAAACGGGCAGAACGCAAGGCAGCUAAGGGUCCUCUCAAACUGGGCGCUCGGAAACUGGACUGACUGGGGGAAAAAAGGAGGGCUGGCGGAAGACUGGAAGCAAAGCAGACAGUGUGCUGUGAUAACUUUUCCCUGACUCCCACAGAGAGGACUGUAUGGCAGGAUCAACAUUCCAUAAUCAAAAGAACAAGAGAAACUGUGAACUGGACGACGGUGCAAGCUGCUUAUUGUUUGAGAAAGGGAUAAGAGACAGGACUCAUCCAGACUAUUCUGGGGUUUAAACAUUACAUCACAUAUUUACGUUGUAAAGAAGUUUAUUUGUCUGAAAAGGACUGUGACAAAAAAAAUCUGAACAUGUUUUUAUAAAUAAAUGAUAUCAAUGUU